AUGGACUUAAAAGUAGUUAUGUUAGGUAAAGAUGGCAGUGGUAAAACGUCAUUAAUAACUCAAUUUGUUGGGUUGCCCAAACCCACGUUUCCCAAUAAUGUUCCUUUUGAAGACUUUUACCGUAAAACAGUUUCGAUUGGUGGUAAUUCCAUCAACUUUGAUAUUUUCGAUUCGUUUUCCAUAGAGGAGUCAAGUCUACUUCGAGACCAAUACAUUAAAUGUGGUAGUUGUUUUAUAAUAAUUUAUUCUAUAGACUCUUUAAAAUCUUUUGAAGUCGCUAAAACGUCCAGAGAAUACAUUUACAAAACCAAAGAAAUUGAAAGUAAUAAACACCUUUCAGUGGUGUUGUGUGGUAACAAAUGCGACUUAGAAAUGCAGAGAAAAGUUUCGUAUAAAGAGGGACAACAAAUUGCUGAAAAGUGGAAUGCAACAUUUUUUGAAUCAUCUGUGUAUCAAAAUAUUAACACUGAUGAUAUUUUUAUGGAAGUUGCUAAAAAUUAUAAGGAGAAUAAACAACACAUUACAAAGAAUAAUGAAAUUAAGUCUAACUGUUUCGUCUUUUUUAAAUUAGUAAAAAAUAAUUUUAAAUCAAAUAAAAUGGGUUUUUCAUUUAAUUUUAUUUUGUUUGAGUAUAGACCACCAAAAAAUAAUCAUACAGCAAGAUAA